UGCAAAUGAAUGUCUUUAAUUCGGGAAUAAAGCUAUAACAUUGGCCCUCAAUGUUUCCGACCCAUCAACCCAUCGCUCUUGUUCUUCAAGCCAUUUUGGUAUCGCAAGUGAAAUCACAUGAACAUUCUUCGACAGAAACGAUUUUGAGCCCUCGCAUUUGAAUCAAGUUUGAUGCUGCAGAAAAUAAUUAAUCCAGAUAAUUAUAAUUGGGAUUGGCUGAGGAGUGGGUAUUCAGCACCGAUAUGGGCUGUUCUGAUCGCCGGCUUUUUUGUCGUCCUCACUCUCACCCUUGCGGUUUACCUUCUCUUCGAGCAUUUAUCCGCCUACAAGCACCCUGAGGAGCAAAAGUUUUUGAUCGGAGUGAUAAUGAUGGUACCUUGUUAUUCUGUUGAAUCAUUUGUAUCGCUCUUAAACCCUAAAAUUAGUGUUGAUAUGGGCAUCCUCCGUGAUUGCUAUGAAUCCUUUGCCAUGUAUUGCUUUGGGAGAUACCUAGUUGCGUGUUUAGGUGGAGAAGAGAGAACAAUUGAAUUUAUGGAGAGGGAAGGGCGCUCGAGUGUAAAAGCACCCCUGCUGGACCAUGGCUCGGAUAGGGGAAUAAUAAAGCAUCCAUUUCCAAUGAACUAUAUUUUAAAGCCUUGGAAAUUGGGUCAGUGGGUAUAUUGGGUAAUCAAAUUCGGAAUUAUUCAGUAUAUGAUUAUAAAAGCACUUACUGCCAUUUCAGCUGUAAUUCUUGAAGCUUUUGGUGUAUAUUGUGAAGGAGACUUUAAAUGGAACUGUGGGUAUCCAUACAUGGCUGUGAUCUUAAAUUUCAGUCAGUCAUGGGCUUUGUAUUGCUUAGUUCAUUUCUAUACCAUCACAAAAGUUGAAUUAGCUCACAUUAAACCACUGUACAAGUUUCUGACAUUCAAGUCAAUCGUAUUCUUAACUUGGUGGCAAGGUGUAGCGAUAGCCCUUUUUUAUGCUGUUGGGCUAGUCAAAAGUCCGAUAGCUCAGUCUUUGCAGUUUAAAUCGAGCGUUCAGGACUUGAUUAUUUGCAUUGAGAUGGGAGUUGCUUCUGCAGUUCACCUUUACGUUUUCCCUGCAAAGCCUUAUGAGUUAAUGGGCGAUCGUUUUUCUGGAAGUGUUGCAGUUUUGGGAGAUUAUGCAUCUGUUGAUUGUCCACUUGAUCCUGAUGAGGUUAGGGACAGUGAACGACCAACAAAACUGCGUCUUCCACAACCUGACUAUGGCGAUAGAAGUGGAAUGACCAUCCGAGAGAGUGUUCGAGAUGUAUUCAUUGGUGGUGGUGAAUAUAUUGUGAACGACGUGAAGCUUACCGUCACUCAGGCAGUGGAACCAGUGGAGAAAGGAAUCACAAAAUUCAACCAGAAACUUCACAACAUCUCUCAGAACAUUAAGAGGCAUGACAAAGAACGAAGAACCAAGGACGACAGCUGCAUUGAAACAUCAUCCCCAUCUCACAAAGUAAUCCGGGGAAUCGAUGAUCCCCUCUUAAAUGGAAGCGUCAGUGACAGCAGCUGCAGUAUCAGCUCAAAGAGAAAGAAGCAUCGCCACAAAUCUGGGUACACGAGUGCUGAGAGUGGUGCCGAGCCCAGCAGCAGCUAUCAGACUUUUGGCGCAUACCAGAUUCAUGGUCGAAGAUGGGUUAUCAAAGAAUAACGCCGAGGUAGAUGUAUGUUGUCCCGGAUUCGAUUUGGGGGUAAUGAUAACAAUAACUAUAAUAACACAAGAUCUGCAACGUCGCAUAAUUUUUUGUUCUGGUCGAUCUUUGCCGUGUAGAUUGGAUUGUUCAUGAAUUCUCUGGUCGAUGUGCCAAGCUGAAGGUAAACUUCAUUGUUGAAAGAUGACUAGUGUGUGUGUUCAUUCAUGUCUCGAACUUUUUCGAUUUUAAUGUAAAGGAUUAUUGAUGGUUUGAUUCGGUGGUUCUUAGGUUGAUUAAUGAAAUGCUUACUA